CGAUCACAACCAACAAAAUCGUAUUCCGUUUCACUCCACCGUACGUCAAACAAGUUGCUGCCGUCGUUCGUGUGGAAUCUGAGCCGCUUACUCUGCUUCCCUUCUUCCAUCUCUCCUCAAAUCGCGCCCUUGACCACUCCCAUCUUGUCCCACACAACCUCCUGCUCGAUUCCCACCCCCCGCCGCCGCUGCCUUGUACCCACGGCCGUCGCACAAUGGCAUAACUUUUGUCAAGGCCUUUGAUCAAGGACUCCUGGUCCUCGUUUGCUUUGUCCCCAAUGAAUUUCCCACGGUAGCAUAUCUCUUAUUCAACUCCGAAUCCUUCGCCUUCUUUGCUUUUUUUAUUUAAAAAAAAAAAGUAGCUUGGCGGGGAAGUCAUCUCGCAAUGGAUAUCGCACAGGUUGAGAAUGCGAUAAAUAUUGCCUGGGAUCACACGUCGCCUCCAGACAUCAAACAACAAGCCCUAGCUUUCAUCCACCAGCUGCGCACCGAUCCCGCAUCAUGGCAAGUCUGUCUCCCACUUUUUGUUCAGGACCGCCAGCCACCCGACAACACCCGUCACUUUCUCCUCGACGCGCUGAACAAUUCGAUCAAGUCUGAACAGGUGGAAAAUCAGGCGAGGCUGUACAUAAAGGAGACUUUGUGGAUGUAUGUGCGGAAAAAGUACGGCACGGGGAGCCCGGACGACACGGCAGAUUCGCUCGUCAUACGCAACAAGCUCACGCAAACUUUGACAUUCCUUUUUACGACGCUCUAUGCGUCAGGCUGGGAAUCUUUUGUUGACGACUUUCUCGACCUGGCAGGAAAUGGCUCCCUUGGGAGAACGAACAUUUCGGGCACGGCCUUGUACCUUCGCACCCUCGAGUCCAUCCAUGACGAGAUUGCCGACGUCAUGAUCCCACGCACGCCAGAGGAAGCCAAGCGUAACGCCGACCUCAAAGACUUGAUUCGAGCAAGGGACGCACAAAAGGUGUCCCAGUCAUGGCAAGAGAUCCUCGCCAACUGGCGAUCUCUUGACCUCAACAUUGUUCAAAUGUGCUUGCGUGUUCUCGCACGCUGGGUCAGCUGGGUGGACAUCUCUCUCGUGGUCAACGAAACCGUUCUACAGCCACUGCUGGACAUGGCCGGCCAGCAGGGCCUGAAGGAUCACUCCAGUUUGGAGGUCAAGGUCAGGGAUGCUGCCAUUGACGCGAUUUCUGAAACCGCAGGCAAGAAAAUGGUACCUCCGGCCAAAGUCCAGCUGCUCGAAUUCCUAAAUCUCAGUACUGUCGUCGGACAGCUGAUCGCCAGCCCCCCACUUGCCGAACUCAAGGGAACACCGGACUACGACGUUGAUCUCGCAGAAGCGGUGGCCAAGCUCGUCAACAACGUCAUGCGCGAUACAAUCUCUGUCCUCGAUACGAGUGGUGUGGACGAUCAGACGCUGCAAAAGGCUGACGCAUUGCUUCAAAUUUUUGUACCUUACCUUCUUCGCUUCUUCUCUGAUGAGUACGACGAGGUAUGCUCGACCGCCAUGGAGUCGAUGACGGAGCUUUUGGGGUACUUCCGUAAACUCGGCAAGAAAGAAGCAUUGCCACAGCGUUAUGCGACCAUGCUUCCGGCCAUCCUGAACGCCAUCAUCAAGAAGAUGGAAUACGAUGAGACUGCCUCGUGGGGUGAAGAAGAGGACCAAACCGACGAGGCGGAAUUUUUGGAGCUUCGUAAACGGCUGCACGUGUUGCAACAAAAUGUCGCCGCCAUCGAUGAGCAGCUGUACAUGGAUACGUUGACCAAUCUGGUUGCGAACACGCUCAACAAGCUGGGCGCUGGCUCCAAUGAGAUCAACUGGCGAGAGCUUGACUUGGCACUUUAUGAAAUGUAUCUGUUUGGUGAUUUGGCGUCGAAAAACAAGGGUCUGUACGCCAAACGUGAACCGUCAUCCGUCGCUGCGGUCCGUUUGGUCGAAAUGAUGACGAGGAUGAUGGAGUCAAAUGUCGAUACGUACAAUCACCCUGCUAUUCAGCUCCAGUAUAUGGAGCUGUGUGCUCGCUACAUCCAAUUUUUUGAAAAUAGCCAAAGCUUCAUCCCGAAGGCGCUCGACGUCUUUGUUCGCUACGCACAUCACCCUCGUGAAAAAGUUCGAGCAAAAUCGUGGUACUUGUUCUUACGCUUUGUCCGCGGUCUUCGCGGCCAUCUCGGAGAAGUGUCACAGACCAUUAUCCAGGCUAUUGGCGAUCUGCUUACGAUCAAGGCCACCCUGCCGGUCGAUCGUGACGAUGACAGCGAAGACGAGGACGACGAUUCCGAGGUUGAUCCUGGGCGGGAUCCACACUUCGACAAUCAAUGCAAUCUUUUCGAAGCCAUCGGUUGUAUCUCAUCCAACUCGUCCUUGCCCAUGGAGACACGUUUGCUCUACGUGCAAUCUGUCAUGAAUCCCAUCUUCGCGGACAUGGAACAAACCCUUCCAGCAGUAAAGAGUGGAGACGAGCGCGCUCAGAUGCAGCUCCACCACGACAUCAAGGCGUUAGGCACUCUUGUACGAGGUUACACAGAUUGGAUGCCCGGCGUGAAGACGUCGACCCCGCCGCCGCCCGAGGUCUCUGCCGAGUUCCUACGUGCUGCUGAGGCUAUUCUGAUCGCGCUGGAGUCAUUAUCUUCUUCGCAGCUCAUCCGGGAAGCGUCUCGUUUCGCAUUCGCUCGUCUGAUCGGCGGCUGUGGUGUCAGCCUCUUUCCUCAGCUUCCGCGGUGGGUGGACGGCUUGCUAACCAACUCUAGCUCGAAGAUAGAGACCGUCUUUUUCCUCGCUCAACUGAAACAGGUCAUGUUCGUCUUCAAGGCCGAGAUGUUUGGCGUGCUUGACGUGAUACUGUCGCCACUCCUGCAACGCAUCUUCACUCGCUUGGGCGAAUCACCGGAGGGUACAGACGACGAGAUCCAGCUGAACGAUUUGCGUAAGGAGUAUAUUAACGUUAUUGGCGUGAUUUUGAACAACGAUCUCGCCGGCGUUCUCGUUAGCACCAGAAAUCAAGGGUAUUUUGAAUCUGUGAUUGCCACGAUUGAGCACUUCGCCCGUGAUCCUUCCGACCUCGCCCUCGCACGCACGGCGUUUGGGGUUCUCACCAAAAUGGUCUCUGUCUGGGGCGGCCCCGACACUGCUAUCCAGGUCAACCCGAACAGCGAGACACCGGCCUCGCCAACGAGCAUCCCACCACAGCCCGUCUUGCCAGGUUUCGACCAAUUCAUCAUCACGCGCUUCAGCCCGCUUUCAUGGUCCAUCCCCGCCACGCCAGGAUUCAAAGUACAGGACCCUGUCAGCAGACAGCUUGUUGCGGAGAUCGCUCAACUUCAACAGGAAAUCUUGAAGAAAACUGGCGCGUUGUAUCUAGCCUCCAUUGAACAAGAGCUCAGGGGAAUGGGUGCGGCAGACGCUGAUGUGAACCUGUACCUGGAGAAGUUACGAGCAGAUCCAAAGAGCUUCAAGGACUUCCUGAUCGGCUUUCUAGGUCGCGGAAGAUGAUUGUCGCCCUAAGUGAAUUGAGAAAAUCAGCGUGGCACAGCUAGGUGGCAUCUGUGGGUGAUUUUUCAGGGCCUAGCAUGAACUGCAAAACGGAUGUAUCGUAACUGAAAAGGUUGAAGAAUGGACAAAUGUUUCGGACCAAGCGGGAGGAGAUUCAUCGACUUUGCGCUCUUGGGCGAUCCGAGCUCAAGUGGCUUGAAUUGGGAGCAGCUUAAUAAAAGUCAUGGAGAUAAUUCAUCACGUAACGUUGAGCAGAUAGCAUCAAAGAAAGACGUUCAUCUCACGAAAGAA